UAUAAAUUAAAAAAAUUAAAAAAAUUUGAAAUUUUGAAACUAUUUAUAAAUUUUGUUACAUCAAAUAUUUUUCCUUUUUUAGAACUUGAAUGGCUAUUUUUCAAAUUAAUAUAAUAUAUUGUAUUAAUAAAAUAUUUUAAAUUUUAUAAUUUUUAUUUGUUGUUUAGUAUGUAUAAUAAAAUUAUUCAAUACUUUAUUUAUAGAUAUUAAUAAUUAAUUGGUUACAUCUAAUACUGAAAUUAUCUAUAUUUAUUUACAUUUAUGAAACACAUAAAUUAUUUUACAUUAAUUUUAAAUGAUAAAAAAAUUGUAUGAGAAUUUUAUCUUUAUGAAAAUAUUAUUUACUUAGUUAUUAAUUAAUUAAAAUAUGGUAUUUUAUACAAAAUAAACAAAAUUUGUUUUUACAUUGAAAACCCACAAAAGUUAGUUUUCGGAUUCUUGGGUAUUUUGGUUAAUAUUACACAAAUAUAUAAAAAUAUUUACUAUAUCUCUCUGAUAGCACACUGAAAUUUCAUAUUAUAUUCAAUACAUAUGCAUAUAUCACAAUUUUUUAUAAUUUUGUGAUUUAUAAAUUUUGAACUACAUAUAUUUAACAUAUAAACAUUUGGAAACAAAAAAAAAAUUAUUUUGAUCAAUUUUAAAAUUUACACCAAAAUAGUUUCAGUUUGAUAUUUCAGAUAUAUAAAUAUUUUUUUCUAAAUUAUAUUAAAAUCACUGAUUUUUUUAGUUUGUAAAAUAUAAAUAUAUUAUAUGUAUCCCGCAAUAUUCAUUUACAUGUCACCAUUCAUAUUAUGCUUUGAACCGCUUAUUUUAGACGAAGCGCAGUUGUUCCACAUCAUUAUCAUACGUUUCUCUUGUAUAAACCACAGUUAAACCGUAUCUAAUCCACUUGUCCCGCAUCGUUCAGUAUGCUGUUACUGGAAGUCUAAUUCCUAGUGGUCGACAUAAAUUAUAUAUUCAUAUACACACAGUACCGUAUAUAUCAAACCUUAUUAGGGUAUAAAUAAAUGUUUAAUUACAAAAAUAACGUAUAGCCGUAUAGGGAAGAAAAAAACAGUAGCCCAAGUUUUAAGCUACUUUGUCGACACUGUAGGUCCUCUAGGGUUAGGUAAUAAACAAGCCUAACUAAUCUAUAAAGGGGGCAAGUACACAUCUCUAGGCUCUAGUCUUCACUUCGUUUUCAUAAAGAGUCUUUUGUAUGACCAAAGAGCCAUUUUCAUUUUCAAGGAUCAUAAUAAUCGAUAAAAACUAGGGUUUCACACAGAUCGUGAUGAAGAGACAGAUGGUAAUUAAACAAAAAUCAAGAAAAUCUAACACGUCAUCUUGUACAACUACUUCAUCGGCGAUCAGUAACAUCCGUUACGUGGAGUGUCAAAAGAAUCACGCUGCUAACAUCGGAGGCUACGCCAUCGACGGUUGCCGUGAGUUUAUGGCCUCUGGCAAUGAAGGAACCGUUGAAGCUUUGAGAUGCGCCGCUUGUGGUUGUCAUCGGAAUUUUCACCGGAAGGAAGUCAAUACGGAGGUUGUCUGUGAGUACUCUCCACCUAACGCUUGAUUUUUCGAGGAUUUGUUUCUCUGUAUUUGGAUUUAUCGAUUGAUUUUCAAAGGAGAAGUGAUAUAUAUAUAUUUGUAUAUGACUAUUGAUGUGUAUUGCAUAUUAAAAAUAUUGUAUAUAAAUGGUUCUGUUUGUGAUAUUUAAAGUAAUAUGGGAUCGAAAGUAGAGUUGUUUUUGAUUUGGAGAAUGAUAUUUGAUUUUAUUUUGUUCGUUCAUCGAGCUUGUAUGAUCACAAUUCAGUAUAUCACAGGUAAGAAGCAUAUGAUCAGAAUAUCACACGAGAUAUGGAAUAAUUUGUGAAGGGACGGGACUUAGUUUUAUCAGUCUAAAAAUCAAAUACAAGUUCCAAUACAUAUGUGUAGCCUUCUGAUCUCUUCUUUUUCUUUGAAUAUUGAACCUAUGAUUGAAGCUUAAAUGUGUGACUAAAAAGAUUGUAGAAAUGUGUAUAUAGUUUUUAUUUUGACAAGGAAAAUGUAUAACAUGCAUUAGAUAUUUACAUUCGACGACAAAAAGGAAAAUAUGAGACGUUUCUAUUUAAUUAAGUUUCAGAGAGAAGUUUAGAAGAAAAAAAUGACAAGUUUCAAAGAAUGUUAAAAAGUCAUCUUACAUGUAAUAAUUUUACAAAAAAAAAAUAUUGUUGUACUUUUAGCAUUCAUUCUGGAGUCAUACUAUAUGUAAUCACGACCUAUAACAUAAAUGACUAAAUGAGUUGGAAAUAUGAGAAAGUUGAUGAUAGUAGCCGGAGGAAUAAGCCAUUUAACUCGAAAGUAGUUGAAUGACUUGAAUCUAUUCCAUUUUUGUUGGCUUCUUGAAUUUAAUUACAUUUAUGAUAUAAUCAUAUAAUACGUGUGUUUGAAAGCGUGAAGUUUCUUUGUAGAAUAAUGUACGCAACUUUUUAAUAUCACACACGGUCCACAUAUCUAAUCAUGUAUUCUACCGUCUAGGUUAAUGGGUUUUGUUUAUUUAGUAAACUCUAUAGAAUCAAAAGAAGAGGCAGAAACAACUACAACAAAAUAUUAAUGUAAAUCUAUGGCCAUGGAAAAAAGAUUUGGUUUGUGAUUAAAAUAUUAUGUAAUGGCUGCUUUUCCAUUAUUUAGCCACUCGAAUUUGUUGGAAAAGACCACUGUAGUUUAAUAUGUAUAUUAUCUGAAACGGAAAGAGCUUUAUUUUUUUAAUAUUCGAACUCUUAAAACUAGAGCCUAUCGUGAAUCUCUGAACUGUAUACAGUUUUUUUUUAAAUAUAUUGCAAUUCAACUGAUAAACACAUAUCAUAUAAAUAAAGAGUAAUUUGGAUUACUGGAGUAUAUACUGGCAUUAUGUUACACGUAUGUAUUAUAUACGAAAGGUUUGUGUAUUAUGGUUAUGGAUAUCUCAACAAAGUAAGUACUUGACUCGUCUAGGUAAUGUGUACUUCAGUAGCAUAUAUGAAAGAAUGACUAUUAAUCAAAUAAAAGCUUAAGUAAAUUAAUUUGCCAAAUGUCUUCUCUUUCUACUUUAACAGGGAGCUUGAAGUGUAUGAAACUAAGACUAGAGAAAAUAAACAUUAGAAAUUAAAGCUCUGGAGUGUGUCAAAGUAUCGGAACAUCUUUUCAAUUAGGUGGCAUGCAAUUGUCAUGGAGAGCUAAGCUGUGACUGGUGAAGGCCCAUUAUUGGCCGAAUCAAUCCGUCACUCAAAAACCAAUAUUAAAGCUAGUCAAAGUUGUUUUAUUUGGGGUGAACAAUAGGCAUUAAUGGUUGAUGAUUGGCUCUUUCGUAAAUGUGCAACGGUUAGAAGACCCACUCACUAAUUACUAUGAUUAUCUUUAAGGACUUUCUUUUUCUUUGUGUUGGUUGUUUGUUUUUGUUACUGAUGGACUGAUGUGGAGAUCUCUAGUGCCCAUUCAAAAGCUAUUAGGUCGUUGAUGACUUUUCUUUAUUUUUUUUGUUCAUUAAAAUAAGGGGUAUCACUCAAGUUCUAACGUAACUCAGCUUCAGUGACCAAGUUCUAACGUUAACUUAGGUACAAAACUUAUAAGGGGGUGUUAGUGGGGAUGAGAUUUAUAAUGAAUCUUAGAAUUUCUAAGUCUAGUGUUAUUGGUUUAUAGAUUCUCAUAUUCUCAUUGAAAUCUAUUGUUAUUGGUUUGAUGAUUCUAUAACUCUAUACAAAAUCAUUUGUUAUUCAAAAAGUUUAGAUUUUAAUGAUUCUACAAAUCUAUUAAAGUAAGUGUUAUUGGGAGUUGAAUUCUUAUCAUUUUAACUCACAAAUUAAGAUUUUGAGAAUACUACAUGUUUACCUUGAAUUCUUAGAAUCAUUACAUUACUUUAUUUUCAUAGAUUUUCACAAUAUACAAAAUUCUCUACAUCUCUUUCCAAAUUUAACAAAUCUCUCAACUUUUAAAAUCAACAAACUCUAUAGAAAUCUAAGUCCCACUAACACCCCCUAAAACAAAAGGUGGUCAUGCUGAAUGAAAUUAAAGAUAUAUUGUGGAAUGACAAUGCAAUUAUUUUUUAAAAGAAAAAAAAACAAUCCCUAUUGAAGAAUAAACAAAAGGCGCCAAAAAAGACAAAACCAGUGGACCAAGACAACGAAAAGAAACCUUUGGCUUAUAUAACAAUGGAGAGAUGUGUGCUGCCAAAAUGAUUGAAGUGAAGACUAACCAUUGCUCUCGUUUCUUGAAUCUCAUGGAAGAAAAUAAAAGGUGGUAAAUCUAAAUAUGAGGGUUAUGUCGAUGGGGGGUGAUUGUGUUGUAUGCGGCGUAUAUUUAUAGGAUUAGACUGAGAAGCUUCUGAAACGGCUAGAGAGGGCGCGCUACCGAUGUAAGUUUCAUUGUAGUAAUUAGAAUUAAAUUUCUAUAUCUGGAUUGAUCAUCUUUGCUGACUGAAACGGUCAACGUAAUGGCGGAUGGUUGACCUUCUGUAACACAUUAUUAGGGCUUCUUUGUGAGGCGACUUGGAGGAGGAAAAAGAAAGGAAGGAUUGACAGUUGAGUGUUGCAGAGAUUUUGACUUCAUCAAAUUGGUGUUUAUAUGGACCUAUUUAGGUUUUGACAACAAUUUGCAUUUUGUAAGCCCUUUUGUUAAAACAAAUAGAAUAUUGAUGUGUACAUCCUUUGGGGUUUAGCAUAUUGGGCAAUGAAAGGCAGAGUAAAUCAAUAAGCCCAUUUCUCAAUAUAUAAAACUCGACACUGAAAACCCAAACGCAAAUUUUUUUUUUCUGUGGGACCCACACAUGCGGAGGUGAAGAAAGGAAAAUCUUUCAUUUCCCUUUUAUAUAUAUGAUUCUUGAUGCUUACUAAAUAGAGGCCCAUACGUUUAAAUGUGUUUUAGUAACUGGGAGUAUUUUAUUGUUGACAAAGUCAAUGACGUUGAUUUUGUGUUUCGUAAUAUAACCAACACGUUAGAUACGGACUACAAUAUAACCUCUUUAAAUUAAUGCUCUAUAAAUUAAUAUAUACUAAAUUUUUUUAUAAAAUAAUAUAAUUUUAUAGUUUCAAAUUGAGUUUUUGAUUCAAUUAGUAUAUCAAUAAAUUAAUAUAUCUAUAAAUUAAUAAAAAAAAUUAUAUUUUUGAUGUAGUCUCAACAUUAUUAAUUUAUAGAGGUUUCACUGUAUAACUAUUUAUCAGUGAUUAUGAUUUAUGACUUUUGCUGAUCAAUUCAAUUUGAUAUUGAGACAUGUUUUGUUCUAUCAAUUUCAGAAGUCUACAUGAAUAUAAAAGGUCCCGUUAUUUAUCGGAACAACUUCUACAAAACUAAAAUCUCGAAAUUGUGAUAUUGAAAAGGUUUUUUUUUUUUUUUUUGUCAAGAGGGUACUUCAUUGAGAUGUCUAAGUCAUGCGACUUAGAACAAUAAACGAAACAGAGUAUGUGACAAAUGAAAAAAAACCAACAGAAACAACAGAAACAUCAGAAGAUGCUAUAAAAGAGAUAAAUAAACCAUCCUGGCCGAGAUCAAAAGAUCGAAGGGGAGGAACCCCUCAUUAUGAACCCCUCAUUAUGAUAUUGACAAGGUUUAUUAGAGGUUAGUUAUAAGAUAGCUAAAGAUUAUUAAGUUCUACGUUCACUAUAUUCUAUUAUAGUAAGACAAAAAAGUUUCAUGCUCUACUUAUUAGUGAUGGGCGUAACAGUUCAAGAGUGGAAAAUUGUCCAUACACGUAUAUAUUGUCCAAACACUAUAUGUGGAAUAUACUAAUAGCUUCUCUCGAAAUGUGGAUGAGAAACGAUUCAGUGGAAAUAAUCUAAAUCCAACAUUUCAGAUAUACCACAUCAAUAUGUAUCACUUGUACAAUCUACACAGAUAGAAAACUGUUUAUGUGAUAAAUCAUAUGAUGGGGUUUCACCAUGGACUCUGGUACCGUAUUAACGAUGAACCUAAUUUUACACUAAAAAACUAGCUCAAGAAAAAAGGAUUGUCCAUACACAUAUAUAUUGCCCAAAGACCUAUAUCCCACACGAUGUGGACGUAGGCAAGGUGAUCCACACCAGACUGAAGUCCGUUUACAGAGCUACAUCGAUAGGAUUGUGAGGAACAUGAUCACAGUUACACAAAAACUAGCAAGAAAGGGGUAUGAAGAAGCCAUGAGAAGAUGGUUUGACAGACGAUGACAUUGUUGAUAUUGAUGUCAUUUUGAGCUUAAGUUUUUUACCAUAUUCAAUCCUUAAAAAAGCUGAUAGACAUCAACACAAUGAUGCAUUUUUUGUAAAGAAAAUUUUUUUGUUGUAAAUAAAUUUCACAUUCAUUCAAAAAAAAUGUAUAUGAGACUCAUGCUUAAUUACAUUAAAUGUUGAUUGGUACAUAUUGUAGAUUUGUAGGUAGUCUAAUCUCUUUUCAAGAUUAUAUUAUUAGACUCAUGUUUAAAUUACAUUAAAUGAUGACUGGUCCAUAUUGUAGGUAAAAUGAUUUUAAAAAUCUACAAUCUCAUUGUCAUUAAUGCACGUAGUCUAAAGUAUGAUGAAGACUAUUAAAAUCUUUGUUUUCUCACUAAAUAACACACCGAUAAAGUAAUAGCCGUUUGCCGAAAAAAAAAA